AUGACGUCUUUCUUCUUUCUCUCUUCCUUCCUUCAUUGCCUCCUUCCUUUCUUUCUUGCUUUCAUUAUUUCUUUCAUUCUUUCUUUUCUUCCUCUUUUCUUUCUUCAUUUUCUUUGCUUUUUCUUUCUACCUUCCUUUUUGCGUUCAUUCCUUCUAUCUAUCUUUCUUUCUUUCUUUCCUUUUUCGUUGUUUUUUUCGCGCUUUUUCUUUCUUUAUUUCUCAUUUUUUUCUUUCUUUCUCCCAUUCUUUCUUUCUCCUAUACUUUCUUUUUCUCUUUUCUUUCUAUUUUUUUUCUUCCUUCCUUCUCUCUAUCGAUUUUUCUUUCAAUUUCUUUCUUUUUUUCUUCCUUCCUUCCUGCUUUCCUUAUUUCCUUCCUUCCUUCCUUUCUUCCUUCUAUCUUUCUUCUUUUCUUUCUUUCCAUUUAAAUUAUUUCUUUCCCCUUUUUCUUUCUUUCUUUCUCUCUUUCUUUCUUUCUUUCUUCUAUUCUUUCUUCUUUCUUUCUCUCUUUUUUCUAUUGCUUUCUUCCUUCAUCCCUUCUAUCUAUCUAUCUAUCUAUCUAUCUAUCUAUCUAUCUAUCUAUCUAUCUAUAUUUAUUUAUUUCCUCUCUUCCUUCCUUCCAGUCUUUCUCCUUUUAUUUUUUUUUGCUUUUUCUUUCUUUACUUUUUCUUUCUUCCUUACUUUCUUUCUUUCUUUCUUUCUUUCUUUCUUUAA